UUUGGGUGACCCACCGACCCGACCCAAUCGCCACCGUGAUGCCAAUCAGUCCGAUAGAAACAAAGAACACCCACAAACAAUCAAUCAGUCUGCGUUGAGUAAAUUAUGAGACUACCAAAUGUUGUCUGAUAGCAACGAAUUCUAAACUAUUAAAUUUCUUCUUCUCUCUUUGAUUCAGCUAAAAAAUCACUCAUCAGGGUUCAAAAUCUGCGCCAGAGGGAGGGAGGGGAUCUAUAUCUUUUUACCCAAGAUAUGUGGACGAUACCUUUGGGAAUCUCAGUAAACACCCUCUCUCCCAACUUCAACAAAUUACCUCUUUUUUACCCUUCCAGGGUUCAUCAAUCGUCUAUCCCUUCUCAUCUCUCCAGAUCAGGGAUUUGCAAAGCGAGUCAAGUGGUUGAAAUAUUUCCAAUUGUGUCCCCUGAAAUUGUGGUGCGUGAGGCAAGAAUUGAAGAUUGUUGGGAGGUUGCAGAAACGCAUUGUAGCUCCUUCUUCCCUGAAUAUUCGUUCCCAUUAGACUUUGUUUUGAGGAUUGACAGACUCCUUGCACUGGUUUUUGGAUUGUCAGUACCCACUGGUUGUAGAAGAACAUGUCUUGUUGCAGUCACCUCCACUUCCCAAGAUGACGACAACAACACUUUCUUUAUUGGUGACGAAGAUCUCAAAAUUGCAGGUUUUGGUGCAAAGAUUAGUCUCAAUAAAGGAUAUGUUGCUGGGAUUUUGACUCUAGACACUGUCGCUGACUUUCUUCCUAGGAAAGGUCCUCUUCGUCAGAGAAGGACUGGAAUUGCGUAUGUGUCGAAUGUUGCUGUGAGAGAAAGGUUUAGAAGAAAGGGAAUAGCGAAAAGGCUUAUAGCAAAAGCAGAGGCUCAAGCUAGAAGUUGGGGGUGUAGGUCAAUUGCAUUGCAUUGUGACCUAAAUAACCCUGGUGCCACUAAUUUGUAUAGAAGUCAGGGUUUUAAGGAUAUUAAAAUACCCGAAGGAGCUAAAUGGCCCCAGCCCAGGACCUCACCCGAUAUGCAGUUUAAUUUCAUGAUGAAGCUCCUUGAGAAAAACCGAACCAAUUGUUAGGUACAAGUAGUAUUGCAAAAGGUACAAGUGAUAAAGGGAGGGAAGUCAUAAUGUUAUGUUAGGGGUCUUAGUAACUGUUUAUUUGUUUAUACAUGAAAUGUAAUUGUAUAUUGUUAUAGGUAGUGUACUUGUUUGUUCUUGUAAGGUAAAUCAAAGUUACGGUUUCUUUUUUCUUGAGAAGUAGAUUAUCAAUCACAUGCUAAGCUUGAGUGGCA